ACUGCCGUCUUCGUGCUCAUUCGGCAAACUUCGUUCUCGGGGCCUGGGCUUUCCAGUAUUUCAGUCAAGACGGGGAGACGGUUCGUCAAUAACUUUGUCCUCGCAUCGCCAACUCGUGAAAUCUAUUUCGUCGAAUGGAAAGACGCGAAACGCAUCAAUUUUGAUUUUAAAUUCGAGUCUACCGAGCUCGUCCGCUUUAUUUAGUUCGCAAUUCCGUAAAACAAUAAAAGGGGUGGGAGGGUAUCGCUAUGAGAAGACACGCAUUCGUGGCAACGCAUAGCGACCGUCGCGCUGAGCGUCGAAACCGUCCAAGCGCACGCAGUUCGAAUCAUUCUGAAUGGAAACAAAGGAAUGUGAUAUUAUCUUGUUGCACUGGUGUAAAUCGUUGCGUGUAAAGUUCGGGUUUCACAACGAUAAAAAUAAAAACGGAAAGAUGUUUUGAGUAGUUUUUAAAGUUGCGCAGACACUCGUGUUCUUGAUAAAUCACGUGUGAGCUUCAAAUGGUUUCGCGAGACCGGCUGUUCACAGUUUCAUCAGUGUUCAGCAUCUCAUUGAAUGAAUCCGCGAAAGGUCGAGUUUAAGCAUCAGUUGGCUUUGGGAUAAUGGAAACAGCAAACAAUACAGUGAUGCAUGUUACCGAAACAAAGACUCUUUGCUCUAGUCUGAAUUGUCCGAAAAUCACGAAUGAGGAGAUCUCUAAAGAAAGAGAAGACGAACUUUUGUAUGGCAGCAAUGAAGAUUCGGAGGACGAUUUCCGUUUGACCGUUUCCGAUGAAGGCGAGGAACAAGUCACUGCUAAAGAAGUAGCCGGUGAAGCUAUGAAGCAAACGUGCACAGAAAUAGAACUGGGAUCAGACGUCCCGUCCUCAGAAAUGACGGAACGAAAGAACGCGUUGAAAGAGGAAACUAUGACGAACGGAGAAUAUCCGACUGAGAAUGAUUUCAAUGAAGUCGAGACAGCACUAAAUGAAAAAGAGUCGUCAUCAUUGGAUCUAUUGAACACCAAAGUGGAAGAGGCAAAUGGCGAGAGUAACAAAAAUGUAAACAAGUCGUUGGACUCUGUGGACAUUGAUACCCCGUCCCACAAAGGCUGGCACUAUUCCGGACAUUUUGGAAGUUUUUCAAAGCACGCGUCGCGCAGUCCCGUCACCAAACAACCGUAUGUUUCGAAUGCCUGCAGCGAAAAAUAUUACAACCAGAAUGCUCAUUAUGGUCGUGACAAAAGUUGUCUCAGGACUAUCAAAUGGGACAGUAAGAAAGAAACUGUUACGAAAAUUGAUUCGAGCUCGAAUGAUUCACUAUCCAAUCACACAACUGCACUCUCCCAAAACAAAAGAACAAACGAUUCUGAAGUGUCGCCAAAAAUCGUCGACGACAAUUCCAUAGCUGCACUGCCGGAUAAGAAAGUUUCUUCCGAUAUUAAAUCCACUGAGAAAACUUCCAACGCGAAUGAGGUUCAGAUUUCCACUGUAAACGAUGGUUCAGAGCUGCGGGAGACGUUAUCGAAUCCUGACACUGCCGAAGCAGUUUCAGAUUUUAUGGCUAAUGCUUUGGCACGCGAGGAGAAUCAAACCGACGAUAAUUUUUCUACGUCCGGAAAAUCUUCGCCGCUACUCGAACUUGAGUCUACGGAGGCUGACACUGAAUCCAAAAGCGUGAAUGAUUCGGUUGUUGACGUCGUCGCUGCCGAUUUACCCGUUGCCGAGUCCAUCAACGCUGAUGAAAAUUCCACUGGUCUUGAGGAGGCUCCUUCCAAUCAAAGCCCAUCGAAUCCUACCGAGGACGGAGAUAAAGUACUCGAUAAUUCUAUGGACGCAAAAGAUGAAAAUACGACUUCGGAGAUGAGGAUGGAAGUCGAAGACGGAGGCGAAAGUGCUUUGGAAGACACAAAAGAUGGAGAAAAUGGUAAGAAUUUCAUGGCUGAAAUUGAUAAUGAAUUGGAAGACGAUGAGAAAAGUAGUUUACAAAUAAUGAGUCGGUCCGAAAAUCAUGUGUCUGGCGAAUCAGAAGAGAUUGAUGAUUCAGAGAAUACCCCGAGUGAAGCUGAAGUGAAAGUAGGGGAAAAUGGUGAUGAAGGCGUUUCAGGGAGCGAGGUUGGGUGUAGCAAUGACGAGACUGUUCCGUUGGUAAAAGCCGAUGAAUCCGUAACCGAAAAAAAUGAAAAAGGACAAGAUACUGUAGGGAAAAAAGAUGAAAAUUGUGAAAAAAAUUUCGUCGCGAAAUUGGUAGACGAAUCAGGUGAGAAUACUCAAGAAAUAAGCGUUUCGCAGUCGGUACAAAAAAAUCGGGAAACCCGAAGUAAAAAGCAAAUAAAAGAAACAACGGAAGGUCUGAACGCUGCGACCGAGGUAGACUUAGUCGACGAAACAAAAGAAAAUGGUCUUUCAAUAACAACAGAAAAUCUAGAUAAUUCAAUAUCGUCGCAAUUAACAAAUGACUCCACAGCGGUUGCCAUAGACGAGUCGAAAAGAAAUGACGAAAAAACAAAUGUUUUGAUCGAUGAAAACAUCACGUCUGAUGAGACGAAAAUCUCGUUGGCAGAUGGAGCGAAAGAAGAUAUUUCGUUGAGCAACGAUAAUGAAGAAAAAUCGGUGAACGAUAAUGGCACCGAUAAAGUGGCGACGUUGCGUUCUUCGCUAAAACGCACGUUGUCAGAAAUAAUGCUCGACGAAAUGGAUCUUUCGAAGAGAAUACAAAUGAAAAGUAAGAAGAGUGAGAAUACGAGUGAGUCUACCGUCAAGGAAAACGAUUCUUCUCAAGUUUUGAGCGAAAACGUGUCAGAUGCGAUUGCGAAAACGGACAAGAACAUCGAUACACCGAAUGUCGAAAAUACAGUAACUAAUAGUAACGGAGAAAACUUAAUUCCCGAGUCGGUGGAGAACACUAUAAUUAAUAACGUUGUAGAAAAGUCAUUUGGCCCGAGGCGGAACGUCGAGGAAAAAAAUGCUGCUCGCUCGGACGAUCACGAAGCCGAUGACGAUGAAAGAAUGGAUGACUGCGAAGUGAUCGAAGUACCUGCCAAGCGGAAGCAAAAACGUAGUCGAAAGUCGUUGAAUACCCUCCGCGAAAACGCUAUUAGUCAAGACGAUACCCAAGAAUACGAAAAUGUCAGACAAAAGAGAAAAACAGCUCAAAACGCGGAGGAGAUGAUAAGAAAAGAAUGUUUGGCAAACACAGAUUCGGAGUCGAACGAUAGUUUGAGUAAAUUCAUCGUGAUAACUCACAAGCCAAACAAUAAUUCACGUGCUACCUCACCGCCCACGCUUAAACGUAAUUACGUCGAUGAUGAGAUCAAAUCCGAGGGUACAGCUACGAAAAAAUUGAAAUCGGAUGUCACGUUGAACGGCGAUAUUUCGACGAAGAGCGAAUCCGUAGAGUCGGAAACGAAACAAACUCUUCAUAGCGUUCGUCAAUUUUUUCGUCGCGAAGCCAAUGGCAGUUUAUGCAAGUUGAGGCAAGAGGAUUUGGAGGAACUAUUGAUACAAAAAAUCGUUGAAACUAUAACAAUGAAAGGCGAGAUUGGGAAAUUGCGGGAGCAAGCCAAAGUUUCUGAAAGAAAUCAAGAAGCCACGCGACUUAAAUGUCAACAAUUGGCCAAACAGGUCAAAGACUUCGAGAUGGUAUUGAGUCGUUUCAAAGCGGAUCUACGAUCGAACCCCGACUCUAAAACCGUUGUACCUAUUAAAAUCAACCGUUCCGUUGGACUUCAAGUGAACUUUGUCACGGAUCAUGGAAUUCAGAAUUUGCGCCAACUGCAACAAGCACAAAAAAUUAUCGCUGGAACAACGAUGAACGGAGUGAUCGCCGGACAACAGCAGCAACAAUUUCAACAACAAAAACAACCAGCGCAACAAGUAACACAACCACAGGGAGAAUCCGUUGCACCCGGAAUAAAACGAACGGUGAAAGUUCGCUCACCAAGAAGACCAGAGAAUUCGACUAGUUCACCUGUAAUCAGCAGUGUAUCAACCCCCGUCAAUAGUCCGCACGCCUCAACGAUAACGCCAGCGGCUCUUGUCGUUACUAAAGCUGCUUCGGACUCCAGACCGUCGGUUACAACGGCAAAUCAACAGCCACCCGUCCUUAGUUCACAGCUCUUGGCAUCUAACACUAUUGUCGUUAACGGAACUGUGGCAAACCCAAUUCGGCAGACAGCGGCGUUGCAGGCAUCCAAAACGAAAAAUAGUGACCUCAUCGAUCUUACGCAGGAGGAAGAAAAAACGAAAACGCCCGUGAACAACAAAUCGACUGCCGCACAUAAUGAGACAUCGCCCAGUGUUUCGAAUGUACAAAAAAUAGCUCCACGUUUUCAUACGGUAAUACAAACGAUUCCUGGUAAUAUGGCAAUAACCGCUCAGUCAGGAAUCAGGGUUGUGCAACCGUCAAGUCAGCCAACACCGACCGCACUAGUAAAUAACAUGAAUGCUCCUAGGCUAGCUUACGUUACGAUGCAAAGUGGCAUCGUUCCGAGACAAGUUGUUUUAACGUCAACUCCAACUCCAAUUCGACCAGCACCGACGAACACCAUAAGAGCGACGUUCCCGAUAACUGGUACGAUAAACAACAGUACUGUUCGUGUCAUUCCUGCGACGGGAGCGCCACCGUUAAUUUUCAAGCACCCAGCUGCCCUUCCAGAAUCUUCAAACUCUAUUUCAAGUCCAUCCUGGAAACUUCCACCUCCGGCUCCUUCGUUAAAAAUAUCUAAAGUACCGAAUGGAAUCGUUUUAUCUUGGAAUAUGGCGCUGUCAGACAAGUACGCAGAAAUAGCGAGUUAUCAAUUGUACGCCUAUCAAGAAAUUUCUGGUAUCGCACCGAGCUCUUCUUUAUGGAAGAAAGUUGGCGAUGUCCGGGCUUUGCCACUGCCAAUGGCGUGCACCCUCACUCAGUUUUCAGAAGGCAACAACUACUAUUUCGCGGUGAGAGCAGUCGAUAAGCAUUCCAGACUCGGACAGUACAGUCAGCCAGGAAAUAUAUCAUUGUAACAAUGAAAUCUGUAAAAAUGUUGAACAAAAAAUGGUCUCUUUCAACUUCGGAGUGCCCGUCCCGGAUUUUGCAUUCUAAACACGUGGCGAGGAUCGAUAGACUGAUAGCCUCAUUUUUUCUUUCUUAUUUUCCUUACUGGGAUCAUGAAUUUUCAUUGCGAAAAACAUCAUCAUCCAAGUUUGUACAUAAUAAUGUUGUCCACCGAAUGGUGACAAUCGAAUUAUGGAAGGAUUCGAUAAUUUUGUUGCCCAUUCUCAGUCCCAUAUUUCGUACAGGCCUUAAAAUUCAUCGUCCGUUGGAGAAAUCAUUAAAUUAGUGCACAUCACGAAAUGGAGCCAUAUGCCGCGGGUUGUCUCCUCAACAAGUGCUACGGAAAUUCGUUUCUUCCUGAAAGAUAUUAAACAAAUAUUAAUUUAUUUUCGUACCCAUGAUUACGUCCGGAUUGACGAUUAUCAAUAUAUAGUUUUCCCCUGUCUUCACUCCCUCUUUUCUCAUUAUCAUUUACUGAAUGAGGUAAUCGUAAAAUUGGCGCUAAAAUCAAAGCGUUAUUUUUUUUAAAUGUCUGUUUCAUGAAUCCGUCGAUAUUUAUGUUUCAAAGUAUAACAAUAAAAUUCAAAUCAUCGGUACAAACUAACGUGUGGUUUACCCAAAUUUUCGAAGGUUCGUCAUUCCUCUUUCAACUCUUGUUUCAUUGAACGAUUCCGGAUCAACCGAUGUCCUUGAACGUGUAAGAUAUUUGAGAGGAAGUUUAUAUAAGGAAAAACAUUCGAAAAAGGUUACAUACGUUUCUAGUCCAUUCUUUUAAUGAAAGUCUUCGAAUCUAUUGCGAAGAUUUUAAAGAAAACACCCAAAAAAACAGUCCGGUUACAUAUCAAUUCAAGAGCUGUUGUUCAUUGGCGAUGUAAAUUAUACAUUUUUCCUCUAUUGCUGCGAUUAUCUUUUUAUAUCAGUUCUUCCGAAUUUUCAACUAAAAACCUCUGCGUCAUGAAAUCAUCAGUUUUUUUUUCUUUACAUAUUAGUAUGAAUUGCUCAAUUUUUAUAUUUCGAAGUGGUGAAUUUGUACAGUCGUGAGAUCAUUUAGAUUUAUUAUUGUAGAGAACGUUUAUCACUCCUCUGCAAAACAGACACAUCUACAACAUUGUGUAUAAUUUUGUCAUUGAUGUAAAUAUAUAAUAGUUGUAAACAAUUUUAAAAUAAGCGUGUAACACACAAAGUUGUCUCAUUGUAUUCAAGAUUCGUCAAGAUUGAAAUAUAGACAAGUUUUUUUGUAA